AUGUCACUUUGUGGAUUCAAUCUGAUUCCAAUACAACAGCCAUGGUUUUCAGUCUCAUUAUAUAUGCGUCAGUUACGGAAUGGGUCUAAACGACGAAAAGAUAAAGCAAAAGUAAAGGAGACCGUUGAAUCUGUAAUCGCACGAUAUGCCGAUUUUGCGGAACAGGAUAGCAGGACACUUACUUCAUUCUCACAAAUGCCCUUAUCGGCAGCGACACAGCGAGGUCUUAAAGAAAGUAAUUUCAUAAAUCCUACUGAUAUCCAACGCGAGUCGUUGCAGUAUUCAUUGACAGGUGCUGAUGUAGUUGGUGCUGCCAAAACAGGCAGUGGAAAAACGCUUGCUUUCCUUAUUCCGGUUUUGGAAUGUUUGUGGAGACAAAGAUGGUCGCGCACGGUUGAUGGAUUAGGCAGUUUGAUUAUAAGUCCUACUAGAGAGCUCGCUUUCCAGACAUUUCAAGUUUUGAACAAAAUUGGAGCGCACCACCAGUUUUCUGUUGCUGUACUUAUUGGAGGAACUGAUGUAGAGUUCGAAAGUAAACGAAUAGGUUCGGUGAACAUUGUGGUGUGUACACCUGGCCGAUUGUUGCAACACAUGGACGAGAAUAGUACAUUUUCAUGUGAACAAUUACAAAUUCUUGUCAUUGAUGAAGCAGAUAGGAUUUUAGAUCUUGGGUUCUCAAGACAGAUUAAUGCAAUCUUGGAAAACUUGCCAAACAGUCGUCAAACGUUGCUUUUUUCGGCCACACAAACCAAAAAUGUAAAAGAUUUAGUGCGUUUGGCGCUGAGAGAUCCACUAUAUAUAUCUGCUCACGAAAAUGCUCCUCAAGUUACACCGGAAUCACUGCAACAGAGUUAUUUUGUAUGCAGUGAUGAAGAUAAAAUCAAUGCUUUAUGGUCGUUUUUAUUGAAUCAUCGAAAGAAGAAAACAUUAAUAUUUGUAUCAUGUUGCAAACAGGCACGGUUUUUAACUGAAGCAUUUUGCCAUCUACGACCGGGCUUUUCACUGAUGGGAUUAUGGGGUACGAUGAAUCAAAUGAAACGAUUAGAAGUUUUCAAAAAAUUCAACAACAAGACAAUUGGAGCUGCAAUGAUUGCUACUGAUGUUGCAAGUCGAGGUUUGGACUUCGCCCGUGUCGACAUUGUAUUACAGUUGGAUUGUCCUGUAGAUACUGAUGAUUAUAUUCAUAGAGUUGGUCGUACAGCACGGAUGGAUGCCAAAGGUGAAGCAAUCCUGGUUCUCACACCGGCACAAGAACAAGCCAUGCUUAUACGACUGCAAGAAAAGGACAUUCCAAUCACUAAAAUUAGUAUCAAUGAAAAGCAAAUAAUGAAUAUCAGCAGACGUUUGCAGUCAGUAAUUGCACAAUAUCCGGGAAUGAAGGAAUUCGCGCAAAGGAGUUUUGUGGCUUACAUUCGGACAAUUUAUCUGAUGCGGAACAAAGAUGUUUUCAAUUUGGACACGAUCGAUCUCGCGGCAUUGGCCAGAUCCUAUGGACUUGCUGCCACUCCUCGAGUUCGAUUUUUGAAACGAAUUGCAAACAAACAUCAGAACUUACAUACAAACACAAGUCGAAAGCAAGAAGGGGAGAAAAGUGCUGAAGAAUUAAUGAAAAUGAUGAUUUCAGCAGCGAAGACAAGGAAGGAAGUCGUUGUAACGGAAAAUAAUAAUGAUGGAGACGGUGAUAUAGAGAAUGAAGAAAUCGAUUUAGGAUUUGGUACAAGUGAAAAUAAUGAAGUUAGGGGAGAUCGGCAGAGCAAUUUUAGCCUAAAAGUAAUUGAUAAUGGCUCAGAUGAAGAUAGCGGCGAUUUUCUGAAAAUAACUCGCAAAAACGUGUUCAAUAUAUUUCCAGACAAGGUUGCGGAGGUGCCGGAGGAACCGAAGAGGGAAUCGAAAAAACUUGUGACACGCCAUGCAUUGGCGAAGAAAAUUCUGAAAAAAGGAGUGAAAUUAGGAGUAAAAAAGAUAUUUACAGAUGAUGGAACAGAAAUUCUGCAGCCAUUAAAUCAAAUUUCGGAUUUUGUUAAGCGAUUUUUUAUCUGUAUUUUUUUGGAGGAAAGUAAAGCGUUUCUUACCACCGUUCCAAAUGAUGGCGAAUUGAUCGGUCUCAAUGUAGAUGAGGCAAAACGUCAAAUGAUACAAAUUGAUCAGGCCGAUAAAAUGACAUAUAAGGAGAAACAAAAGAUGUGGAGGAAGAAAAAGAAGGAGAAACAAAAAGAUAGAAUGAAGAAAACACAAAACAAUGAGGGUGGAAUGAUAUUGGAUUUGGGAGCUGAAAGGAGUGAUUCAAAUGGCGAACCAGAUUUGUCGUGGUUGCCUGAUCCUGAUAAGCCAAAAAAAUAUGACGAAAAGUGGAAUGAGGUUGAAGAUAAUUCUAUGGAUGAUUAUAAUGAAGGAGUUGAUGAUAAUGGUAACGGAAAUGUUGAAUUGAUACGAAGACGUAAAAGGAAAUUAUUAGAUGACGAAGAAAGGGCUUUGGCAUUGUUGCGCUCAUCCUGA